AUGUUGGACUUCCGCGAUGACGCCUUCAGGGAGUUUUUGGUGCACACCUCCAUUCAUGAUAACGCCCCGCAAAAGUUGCGGCUGAAGGUGCAGGAUCCCCUUUCCGCGGAGGAUAUGCUGCAGCAAAUUGCACGACUGUUAAUUGAGCCGACGACCUCCAUAUCUCCGGAGGGGCCGACGCGCAUGCCCAUUUUGCUGGACUCGUCCCUGCUUGCGUUUAGCGCCGAGGAGAACUGCUUUGUCCCCGUGGAUGGCAAACCGGCCGACAUGCUGAAAGUUUUUGCCCAUUUGCUCGUACACAAAUUCAGUGCUGUGCCGUCGUUGGUGCCAAAUGCCGCCGUGUCUUGGAGGAGUUCGUUUAAUAGCGGCAUCCCCAGCGUCAGCGCACAAGACGGCGCUGCCAGUCUCGAGGGGCCUUUGCCAAAAGGUGGAUGCCUUUUCACAAGGACCCCCCCUUCUGCUGGGACGAGGCGCAACGAGCCUCUCGGGCACACUUCUCGGUUGUCGCCACACCGAACGGAUGAACUCCCCUCGCAAACAGGUGAUUUGAUGGACGGGUUGGGUGAGUACCGAAAAAGGAGGAGACUUCCCCUCACGCUGGAAUGCAUGUUGGAAGUGGUGGAAUAUCUUCUUAGUGAAUACAGUGCCCGUGCAGCGGACGACGUGAUCGAGCCGACGGAGAAGAGUGUCUGGAACCUUGUUGAGGAUAUAUCUGGCCGCAGCGGUGGUGUUUCCACCAGAUCACUGGAUCCGGUGACGGUGAACGCGUUUGUGGAGACUAUUUUAUGUAGCAUAAAUACAGGGCGAAUCCGGCGCACCUCUCACCGUUCAAUACCCUUAUGA